UACAGGAGAUCAGAAAACUUGUUUCAAAUGUUAAGGUAUGUUGUUGCCAGUGCUUUAUUAUCUUAUUAUUUUACAAUUGGAAACAUGAACUUUGUCUGUUCAUCUGUUCAUUGUGAUACCCACCAGAUACGUUGGAGCUAAUGUACCUGGAAACCAGUGUAUAUUGUUCAAAAUGACAUGUCUACUUUCUAAUUUUAAUUAAGUUUAAUAUAUGGGACCAUUACACCAGGUUUUGUGAUUGAGAUGAGUUAAUCAGGCUAGUCAAUGCACCUGAAAACCAGUGUAUAGUUUAAAAUGACAUGUCUACUUUCUCAUUUUAAUUCAGUUAAACAUUUUGGACCAGUACACCAGGUUUUAUGAUUGUGAUGAGUUAAUCAGGCUAGUCAAUACAAGAUCAAUAGAUUUUCAACUCAGAAAUGGAAGAAACAAACUCAAAUUGUUAUAGUUAGGUAAGAGUAGAAUCAAAAAGGCUCCCAAAGUUUGGUUGAACACACAUCACCAGCAGAUUUAUAUUUGUUUGUGUACAUUUUUUAAAUUAAUUUUGAUCAUGAUUAUUAAGGAUGAUCCAGGGAUUAAAGGAUGAGACACUCUGGGAGAAUGAUACAAACAUUAAUGUGUGUCUAUCAGGAAAUGAAACAUCGCAUAUUUGAUGUAAAUAAUUUUGAUAGCACUUGUUCCUUAUUGUUUAAUGGUACUUACGUGUUUGUGCCUAACUGUGCUUUUCUUUUUAAUUUGUGUUUUUCAUGCGGAAAAAUAUGAGAGGAAUAAGGAGGCGGGGAAGUUCUCCGCACCAGCAGUAACCUAACAGACUUGAGCAAUUUAGUCCACACAUGCUUGCCGUAGUUAGCUUUGACACAGUUACAUGUUGUUUUGUCGUCUGUAUGCCUGUUUUUACAUUGUAGACAUCUGAUUUCAGUCUCAUACUGCAUGGUUUGCAGCCGUGUAACAACACGUUUCUUCCGCCUCUGCUCACACGUUUGAGGGAAAAGCUAAAUAAAUAUCUCCGACUCUGAACUGCUGGAUAGCUAAUGGCUAACCAGUCUAGCUGCCACUGAGGAUACAGCUAAUGAAAAACACCACCAAAAUCCACAAAAUAAACACAACAGUGAGUGAGAAUGAUUCUCCAUUAGAUAGAUGUUACCGGUGCCUUUUUGCAAUUGCUGCAACUUACUCUAUUAUUGAAUGCUUCAAACGUAUGAGGCAAAGGAGUGUGUUGCUAAGCUCACCUUAAAUGCACUUUUACCUGACAGUGCAUGUCUGAUGUGGGCAUGGCUCUGUUAUCUAACUGUGCUGCAGCUGUGCUCCUCAUUAUUAACAUGUUUGUACGUCAGCCACCAUGAGACCAGAAUGGUUGGGUCAGUUCCUGCUAAGGAAAAUAAAACCAUAGCACACAAAAUAUUUCUUAAUAAUCCAAGAAAACCACAGAACAAUUCAGUGGAGACAAUGGGAACGCACCCAGAAAACUCCCAAGAGACUGAUAUCUUCAGUGAUGAUAGAUGCACCAUGUCCCCAGAGAGUCGGUUUGACUGUGCCAGAGACAGGGUCCUCAGCCAGAGAGAGUGUGAGGAGAGGGGCUGCUGCUAUGACCCCUUGCCCAACUUUGCAGGACCACCUAGGUGCUUUUACCCCCAUUUGUACCCUGGGUACAAAAUGGGUCCCCUCACUACCACUCUGCGAGGACAGUCUGCCACCCUGACUCGUGCCACCCCCUCCUAUCUUCCCAAAGAUAUCCCCACUCUCCUCCUAGAAGUCACAGAGGAGACUGCAGGCUGCUUGCACCUCACUCUGAAGGACCCGUCCUCUCAGCGGUAUGAAGUUCAGCUCCCCGCUGGUGUCCCUCAAAGGAAAACUGAUAUCAAAGAUGUCCUCUAUACCACUGAAUACCAGUCUGACCCAUUCGGCUUCAUAGUGCAGCGUAAAUCCAAUGGGAGGGUGAUUAUGAAUACCACAGUCGCUCCACUGCUGUUUGCUGACCAGUACCUGCAGCUGUCCACCACACUGGCCUCCUCUCUUGUUUCUGGCCUUGGGGAGCAUUAUACCUCCCUCAUCCUUGACCUUAACUGGACUUCUCUGACUCUCUGGAACAGAGACAUGGCGCCUCAUGCUGAUGCUAACCUCUAUGGUUCCCAUCCGUUCUACAUAGUGCAGGAGGAGGAUGGUCUGUCAGAUGGAGUUUUCCUUCUCAACAGCAACGCCAUUGAGGUGGUGUUGCAGCCAACCCCUGCUUUAACCUGGGUGUCCACAGGUGGAAUCCUGGACCUGUACAUCUUUCUGGGUCCUGACCCUCAAAGUGUAAUACGACAGUACCUCCAGGUUAUUGGCUAUCCUAUGAUGCCUCCCUAUUGGUCACUUGGCUUUCAUCUUUGCCGCUGGGGUUACACAACCACAAAAACGACCCGGCAUGUGGCUCAACGCAUGCAGGAUGCCAACUUUCCAAUGGAUGUGCAGUGGAAUGACCUGGACUAUGCAAAUAAGCGCAGGGUAUUCACCUUUGACCCCUGGCGAUUUGGGGACCUCCCAGAGAUGGUAGAGGAGUUCCAUAAGAGAGGCAUGAAGUACAUCCUCAUUCUGGACCCUGGGAUCAGCAGCACCAGUCCCCCUGGAACUUACCCUCCAUUUGAUGAUGGACUUAAACGAGAUGUCUUUAUUAAAAAUGCUACAGGACACAUCCUAAUAGGGCAGGUUUGGCCGGGUCCAACGGCCUUCCCUGAUUUCACUAACCCAGACACCAGGCAGUGGUGGGAAGUCUGCAUUAGAGAUUUUCAUUCUAAAGUUCCAGUGGAUGGUCUGUGGAUUGAUAUGAAUGAACCAGCCAGUUUCGUCCAGGGCUCAGUCGAGGGCUGUCCUGACAACGAUCUUGAGAGCCCGCCCUACACACCUAGGGUGGUUGGAGGCCAGUUGAACUCAGGAACUCUUUGCAUGUCAGCUCAGCAAAGGCUGUCCACCCACUACAACCUGCACAAUAUGUAUGGACUGACAGAAGCCUAUGCCACUCACAGUGCUCUUAAGAAUGUACGAGGGAAGAGACCCUUCGUCCUGUCUCGCUCCUCCUACCCUAGCAUAGGACGCUUCUCCGGAGUGUGGACAGGAGAUGUCAGGAGUGACUGGGAGCAACUUCGAUACUCCAUCCCUGCGGUGCUGCAGUUUAGCCUAUUCGGGGUGCCUCUGGUGGGGGCGGACAUCUGUGGAUUUCGAGGCAACACUACUGAGGAGCUGUGUGUGCGAUGGAUGCAGCUAGGGGCCUUUUACCCGUUCAUGAGGAACCACAACGACAAGCCGAACACUCCACAGGAGCCCUAUGUAUUUGCGAAGAAGGCCCAGGCAGCCAUGCGCAGUGCACUGAACCUUCGUUACUCCCUUCUCCCAUUUCUAUAUACACUCUUCCAUCAUGCACAUACUACUGCUGACACUGUGGCCCGACCUGUCUUUAUGGAGUUUCCCACUGACCCUAACUGUGACACCAUAGACCGACAGUUCCUGUGGGGGAGUUCACUUCUCAUUAGCCCAGUUUUAGAGCAAGGGGUAGUGGAGCUGUCUGCUUACCUGCCCCCUGGCACAUGGUACAGUCUGCACAAUGGUCAGCCUUUCUACAGUAAGGGUCAAUAUCUGCUCCUGCCAGCCCCGUUGGACACCAUCAACGUCCAUGUGAGGGAGGGACACAUUAUCCCCCAGCAGGAGCCCGCUUUGACAACGACAGCAUCACGGAGAAACCCUUUCUUCCUGACAGUGGCACUUACUGCAGGAGGCUGGGCCUGGGGCGACUUUUUCUGGGAUGACGGGGACAGUCUUGACACCUUCGAAAUGGGGAAUUAUUGUUACAUUAUCUUCAUUGCUGGACAGUCUCAGGUUGUCAGCGACCCUCUCAGGCUGAACGGGGACCUGGACGGUCUGGUGCUGGGAGGGCUGCAGGUGUUUGGAGUGCCCUCACCACCCCACUAUGUAUUAGCCAAUGGGGAGACAGUCAGGGAUUUUACGUACCGCAGUGACACUAAGGUUUUGAAAGUGAGUGGUCUGGCCUUGCCCAUGUCAAAGGUGUUUACAGUCCAAUGGGCUCUCUGAUGCACUGAACUUCAUUACCCAUGAGCCUCUGGGAACUGUUGCCCCCGAAAGCUAUAAUUUUCUGGACUGAUCUGAAUCAGCAGAUUUUUCCUGAGCCAGUCCGGCCGUCCCAGCACCUUACACUUGCUGCGCCUUUUUUUUCAAUUGGCAAGCUUUGUAAGCAGCAGGUUUUUAAAUGUGUGAUGAUAUCAAACAAUUGGAUCAAUCAUCUUGAUGUAUCUGGUUUUCUUGCUAGCUCAUUUUUGCUGCUAACUGCUACACUAAAUCAAGACAGUGUAAUGUCUUGGAAAUGUAUAUAGCUUUUCUAACUGUUUGUAAAAAAUGUUUAUAUAAUAAAGUCUUUCUGCCUGAAAUACAUUAUGAAUAAAAAUGGUAGAAAAAAAUUGUCUGCAGCAUUGCAGCUGAGCUGAUUCUCAUGAGAUAUUGCAGGUAUUGUUUCAUGCCCUUUAUUAUUUUGCUCUGAAAUAAGAUCUGUUAGUCCUACUUUUAAAUCUUCAGAAUAGUUUGACAAAAUCAAAAAUAUUAUGAGGCAACAAACUCACAGACUCAUUCUUAAUGUAAAAACUCUAAACUGGACUAAACUGAAAACUGUGCAUCCACUGCACAGCAUUCAUUUAAUAAAUAUGUAAAUUAUUUUAUUGUGAAUUGAAUUCUUGUUACUGCCC